AUGUAUACUGUGCUACUGUCCUCUUUAUUUACAAAGUUAAUAAUAAUUCCUUCAGUUCAAGGUCUGUGUGGUGAGACUAUACGUUGGUCGCACCAUUUUAAUGUGGACGAUGUUUUUGGACUGUGGUAUGGUGUAGGCUAUGCGCAGCACACGCCUGAUAUGACUAACAAGCCCAAUGAAAUAGGUUGCGUAUCUCUCUAUAUCACUGAUACUACUUACGAGGUUCGAGACGAUUGGCUUAACUGGGCUAUCCCAAGAAAAAACCAUACGGAUCAGAAUUGGCGAUCUUAUAAAAGCAAUCCGUGGUCAGAUGAUUCUAUGUCAGGGUCGUGGCUCGAUUUAAGAUUGAAAAGGGAGAUUAAAAGGAACAUCAAUGAGGAAAGGCGUUUAAGGGUAAUGUGGGAUGAAGAUGGACAGUCCAUGGAGCAGGUAUAUAUUUACUCUGCAGAAGAUCCCGGUCUUUGGAUUGCAGAAAAAUUGCGGCCUUGGGAAAAAGAGAUGCGUUCUAGAGGCAUAGAUGUUUGGUACCCAGACGACCCACCUCGACAUCCUGAGGUAAUUCGAGUACUAAAAGCUAGUCCACAUAUGCUGUUGAUAAAUCACUGCUCAGAAACAGGAGAUGGUGGGAUUUUCACUUUAAUUCUUAGAAGAUCAAUAACGAGACUACAAAGAUGGGAGUGGUAUAAAUUUCAGCAAGAAUUCUAUAAUUAUGAUCUUCCUAAAUUAUACCGCCAGGCCACCGUAUGUGGCGGUUGUAUGGAAUUCAGUUCAAUUAUAAAUGUAUUUAUUUGUAAUUUUGUAUUAUACGCUAUAUAUUACGCGUACUCCUAA